AUGACCCGCAGAUCAAUACUGGACAAUGUAAAAGUAAGAACUCCACAUAACCUACAACGCAGUAUGGGAAAUAUAGAAGUAGGAACUCCAUACGACCCACAGCUCAGUAAGGGGCAAUAUAAAAACAUGAACUCCAUACGUAUGGGACAAUGUAAAGUAAGAACUCCAUGUCACACACAGCUCAGUAUAAGACAAUAUAGAAGAAAAAACGUACGUACUCCAUGUGACCCUCAGCUUAGUAUGGGACAAUCAUUUGUGUCUUUCCGACAUUUGGUUUCUGGAAAAAUUUUUGAAUCGGAAGAAUAUGUACUGAAUUCGGACUUACAAAACACAAUAAAGACUUCGGAAAUUUAUGGAACAUACGAGGCAUUUUCUUUAGUGCAAUGUUCAGCUAUCGCUAAACAGCAUAACCAUAGAGGAUUUUCUUAUAAUGAUUUAUCAAAGACGUGUCUUACAUAUCUGGAUUGCUUAAAGAAAGGAAAUGAUAGUAGUGUUACAGCACAUGGAUGGCAAACCUAUUGUCAAAAAAUCCUCAAAGUUUUGAGCAGAUGCCAUUACAAGGUAUUGGAUACCACAAUGACAUGGCUGGUAGCAAAGAAUGACUGCAUAGAAAAGAAUGGAUACUUACUGGAAGUAAAUACUAAAGAGGAAUCAGACUUUGUGGAAAUGAAUGUGAUCGGAACAGGAGCUUGUACAUACCCUUUCUGGCUUGGUGGAAGUAAAAACAAUGGCGUAGUGACAUGGUCAACGAGCGAAUUAAAUGUUCCUAUUCCACCAGAAGUAGGUUAUUCAAAUUGGGGCGAUGGUCUUCCACAGCUGGACGUUCAGGGAUUUGAUUGUCUCCUUUGGACUCCAGUUGGUUGGAAAAUUUACACGUGUAACGAACCAAAAUGCACGAUAUGUGAGGCUGAUGAAUGCAUAUUUUGAAAAAACUAUUCUUAAAACGAAGAAAGAAGGGAACGACAUAAUUAUCUGCUAAAAAUGGACAAUUAGUAUCUGCAAUAAAUCAAAAAGGUACUCUUUGAAAACGGAAUACAGUUUGUACUUUGAAAAUGUUAAAGGUAUACACUAAUAUGAUUUAUGAAUCACAC